AUGAAUAAUAAUCCAGGAAUUCUUAAUAAGUCUAGAAAUCAAGCCUCAUAUUUAGAAAUUCUUGAAGGUGAGUCGUUAUUUUUAUCUGCCAAAAGACCUAUUUGUUCUAAGCCUAUAAUAAAUAUCCUGAUCCUUAAGAAAAGACAAACUGAAGAAAAGACAGUAAAUUUGAUAGACCUUGAAGAAGCAGGAGGUAUUAAAAAUAUUGAUAUCAAAAUGGAGGAAGUUCACCAAGACCAUAAAGAUCAAGAAGUGCAAGACCCGAUUGUUCAAAAUCAAGAAAAAGACAAAUUGGCUGAACCACUUGAAGUAAAUAAAGAAGAAUCUCUGAAAGUAAAUAAAAAAAGAAGAUAA